GGAGACCACUUUGUUUUCCCUUCCCCACAAAGCACAGCCUUCCCCUCACACCGAGUGAAAGGUUGUGGUUUGGUGUUUGGACAGAAACGCCAGUGAAGGAAAAGCGGGACCAAGCGUUGGCUUGUGGAUGAGCAGAGUUUUUCCAGAGGGGGUAACAACUAGCUAACCUGUCUGUCCGCCCUGAGCGCAGCUCGCAGGGAACGGCAGAAUGAGCUGCACGUUGGCACAGGACCGCCUGGAGGUCCUUCAGAUCUACCGCCUGCUGCAGUGGGUCCAUAAAGGAGAGAAGGCGGAGAUAGAGAAGAUGGUGAAGCUUGGCGUGAAGAACCUCAUUAACCUCAAGGAGCCACGGGACGGCCUGGGGGUGCUUCAUCUGGCAGUUUCAACCAAAAAUAGCGACCUUGUUGACCUCCUCCUCUCCCUCGGCGCGCAUCCCGACGUCCAAGACCUGCGGGGCCGGACGCCUGUCAUGCUGGCCGCCGAGAUGGGGAACGAGGAGAUUUUUGCUCUGCUGCUCCAGAAGCAGCCUGACAUGAGGCUGGUGGACGCCGAGGGCAAAGGCGUGCUGUUCUACUGCAACUACCCCACCAAGCGUCACGCCCGCUGUCUACAAGUGGCUCUGAAGAACCAGGCUGAUCCUAACAAUGUUUCGGCGGAAGGGGUUCAUGUCCUUAACGUGAUGUGUGAAAAAGCUGACGAGUGUACCCCUCUGUGUCUCAUCCUGCUAGAUGCUGGUGCAGACCCCGAUGCAACAAAUGAGGGAACUGGUGUGACAGCGUUGAUGGAGGCAGCCAGGACAGGCUCCCUGCCGGUGGUCCGAGACAUUCUCAGGAGGGGUGGCAACCCCAAUGCCCUGGAUAAAAAGUGCUUCAGUGCAGUGCACUAUGCUGCCUUGAGUGGCUCCUUUGAGGUCAUUCAGGUGCUGUCAUCGUUCGCAGCAGAAAUGGGCGUGGUUAACCUGGAUAACUGUACGCCGUUACACUACGCCGCUGCCACCGGCAAUGCCAACUCCUGCAAGUUCUUAGCACAGAGAGGUUGUAACCCUAAGCUGAAGAACAAGGAAGGUUUGCUGCCGCGUCAGAUUGCCAAAGACUCCGGUCACAAAGCAGCAGCCAAGGAGCUGCGGAAAGCAGAGAAGCAAUUUGGGAAGGGCAACAAGUCCAACAGUGGCACCUUGAUGUCAGAUCCCUGGGCCCUGACCCUUCAUGAUUGGUCAAACGAGCACGAGGCGGAAUUAGGGGAAGCCUUCGGGGACAAAUUGGCCGCAGUUAGCACAGAGACCUUUCUGUCAGUGUUGGAGGAGCUAAACGCUCCGGUUGAACUAGCCCAACUGCACACGGUCGUCUCAGCCCACGACAUGAAAGGAGAGGGCGUCGUCAACGUGACUGACUUCAUCAAAGGCGUCAAAUACAUCAAGAAACCGUUCAGGCUUUCUGUGUACGUGUCCCAAAAGAAGAAGAAAGAAAGAGGAGGGAAGGGGGGCAAGAAGAAGAAGAAGGGAUUUGUCCUCCCCAUGCCCAUUUGCACCCUCGUACCAGAGCUCAAGCCCAGACGGCCUGACGGAGGCCCUCCUGACUUCAUGAUCGAGAAGUACCACAAUUUAUCAGACGUUCGCCGGUUUGACCACGACCACCCUCCCAUCCAUCCCAUAGUCAACGACUCAGGGUGGUACAUCGAGAAGCCAAACAAAAUCUACAUCAAUGUCAACUACUGUGUGAGGAACGGAGACCUGGAGUCUCUGGACCUCGCCUUCAGUCAGGGAGUGCCUGUGGACGCUCAGGAUGAAUAUUACAAGAGCCCGCUGAUGGAGGCCUGCUCCAGCGGCAACUACGAGAUGGCCCAGUACCUUCUGAGCAAGGGGGCGGACGUCAGCCUGUGUGACCAGUUCUUUUGGACGCCCCUUCACCAUGCGGCUCACGGGGGACAUUUGGAAAUAGUCGAGCUGUUGGUGAAUGCCGGGGCCGAGGUCAACGUGACGGCUCUCAGCGAAGGCACGCCGCUCAUGAGAGCCAUCGAGAGCUCCAGCUUCUCUUGUGUGGACUUCCUCAUCAAGGCAGGGGCCAGAGUCAAUGCAGAGAGCAAGAAAGGACAAAACUGCCUGGAAAUUGCCAGAAACUUUGGAGAUCCAAACAUAGUGCAGCUGUUAGAAGACAUGAUGAGCUCUCUGCCAGAGGCCAAAGCAGCAAAAGAGUCGGGCGGCAAACAGAAACCUGCCAAAAAGAAGGUGGCGACCACACAGGGGGCUGUGCAGAGCAGGACCAUGACUGGGACAUCAUCAGCGAGGACCCCCACACAGACUAAUUCCCAGAGCGUCGUCCUGCAUAACAGCAGGAUCACUGCAGGAAAAGCUAACACGGUGGACGUCAGCUUUGUGCCAAAAACCGUUUGGGGUAAACCGCCCACCACCAGCCAGCUGAUGGCAAACAUAGAGAGACGAAAGGAGCGCCUGACCCUGGAGGUGGACUUUGAUGACUUGCUGAUGCCUUUCAGCCAGCGCUUCCAGGCGAGGAUUAUGGAGAUAACAAAACCACGGACUAAACUGGAGGAAAGCCAGAGACAGAGACAAGUGUCAUAAUGAUGUUAGUCGUCUUAUCUUGUUAUCAUUGUUGCCUGUUUGUAUGUUCUUUUUAUUCCUGACAUAUAGCAUGAAAAGAGAGAUCAGCUGUCCGUCCUCCGUGGGGAUGUGGGAUUGUCUUAACAGCUGAAUCACAAACCUAUUGAGAUAAUGAGAAUGUGAGGAACCAUGUGAAAAUAAAAGUUUCUUUACUUUUUGUCUUUCUGUAUUUAGAUUUUAGGAUCUUCUCUUAGUGAGCCAGCUUCCAGUUUGAGUACAGAAGCCGACACGGUGUCCCGUUUUACAGUCCCUUGCCAAGUAAUUUUUACCCCUACAUGUUUUUUUUACAUUUUGUGAUGCCAUAUUAUUAUUAUUACAAAUUGUAUGUGACGGACCUCAUCAAAGCCCAACUCAAAGUGCAUUAUUGUGAACUAGAAGGA